ACGUGCGCAAAGAGCUUGGUCGAGAGAUCGUUCUGAAGAGUAUAAUGCAGGGAGAGGAAGUUCGCAGACUGCUGGUUUUGUAUGGGAGUCAAACUGGGACAGCUCAAGAUGUAGCAGAGAGAAUCAGACGAGAGGCCAAGUGUCGACACUUUGUCUGCUCAGUGCAGGCCCUCGACUCCUACCCUGUGUCAUGUCUGAUAGAGGAGGAAUUGGUGGUGUUUGUUUGUUCAACCACAGGACAAGGGGACCCUCCAGAUAACAUGAAAAAGUUUUGGCGAUUUAUCUUGAGGAAGAAUCUUCCCAGUCAGUCUCUAUGUAAGAUGAUGUAUGCUGUGGUAGGGCUUGGAGACUCGUCCUAUCUCAAGUUUAAUGUCAUCGCCAAGAAGCUUUUUAAGAGGUUUCAGCAACUGGGAGGUCAGCCAUUGUUGCCGGUUGCCCUAGGUGAUGAUCAGCAUGAUUUAGGUCCAGAUGCUGUCCUUGACCCCUGGCUGAACUUGUUUUGGGAGAAAGCCUUACAGGUUAAACCCCUACCCCCUGGCAAGGAGAUCAUUAGUGCGGACAUCCUGUCACCCCCGCGGUACAACGUCACUCUGUUGCCAUUGACAACCCCACCAGUUGACCUAUCAAGAUGGAGGCCGGUUCCCUUGCCGUCCACAACCUCUGAAGGGAGAACACCUUACUCACAGGAUAAUCCUUAUUAUGCUAAGCUGAUCUCCAAUCAGAGAGUUACCUCACCUGAUCAUUUCCAAGAUGUCCGCUUGGUUACCUUUGAUAUAUCAGUAUCAAAUUUAAGCCAUGCAGAAGGAGAGGUGCUGAUGGUGCAGCCAGACAACAUGGAGGACACUGUUAAGGAUUUUGUCAAACUGUUAAAUCUCAACCCUGAGCAGAUGUUUACUCUAGAGUCAACAGAACCAGACCUUCCUGUACCAGCCACCUUACCUGUGCCAUGUACUGUGGAUUACCUGGUCAGACAUUACCUGGACAUCAACUCUGUGCCCAGACGUUACUUCUUCCAGCUGUUGUCUUACUUCACGGACAGUGAAUUGGAACAGGAGAAGCUGCAAGAGUUCAGCUCUGCUGAGGGUCAGCAAGAGUUGUUUACUUAUUGUAACAGGGUGAAGCGGUCAAUAUUGGAGGUUUUGCAGGACUUCCCCCACGCCACGGCUAACGUCCCAUUUUCAUACCUGUUUGAUCUUAUCCCGCCUCUACAGCCCAGAGCAUUUAGUAUAUGCAUCAUCGUUGAAGGUGAGCCAGAUCUGAUUCAGAUUCUGAUGGCAGUUGUGGAGUACAGGACUAAGCUGCAGCGUCCCCGUCGUGGUGUGUGCUCUACCUGGCUGGCCAGUCUGGAACCCUGACUUCAGCCAGGUGUUUGUACCUGUGUGGGUAAAGCCUGCACAAUCAGCUUCCCUUCUGAUCCCAGCACACCUGUAAUUAUGGUGGGUCCGGGCACAGGCUGUGCUCCAUUCCGUGGGUUUCUACAGGCAAGGUCUGGAAUUUUUCCCUUUCCAGGAAAUGUGUUAUUUUUUGGGUGUAGAAGCCGGGAGAAGGAUUUCUUCUGUAAAGAGGAAUGGCAGAGUCAGGUUGACAAGGGUCUUCUGCAGCUCUUUACAGCUUUCUCCAGAGAUCAGGAAGACAAGGUGUAUGUGCAGCAUCGGCUGAAGGAGCAGAGUGCUCUGGUGUGGAGAUUAAUCCAUGGAGAGAAAGCUUGGUUUUAUAUUGCAGGAAAUGCCAAGCAAAUGCCGGAGGAUGUGAAGAGUGCUCUAAGGGAGAUAAUCAUGAACGAAGGAGAGCUGGACUCUGAGCAGGCAGAUCAUUACAUCAAAGACAUGGAGAGGACUAAGCGAUUUCAGGUGGAAGCCUGGUCAUGACACUGGAAAUCACCUGCAUUCUUACAAUAAACAAUGUAAUAUUUAAGAAUGUCUUUUAAAUUUUCUCAGGGGUGUGUGUUUUUUAUCCAUCUUGAUGACAAUUUUAAAUUUAUUUGUUUCCAUGAUAUGACUACAUUUCAAAUGUCCUGGAAAGAUUUAUUGCAUUAAAGGUGAGAAAUUGUACGUUUAAUAGAAUAACAUUUAUCUGAUAUUUUGGUGAUGAAGCACUGGAAAUGCUUUGUUAACACAGUAUCGAUGUUAAAGAAUUUGAAAAUAGCAAUGAAGUACCUGAAGCAGGCAUUUUUACUUUACUGACAAGUAUCUCAGAAAGCAAAAUACAGAAUUUCCAUACAUACAGACAACUGAAAACUGUGCAUAAAAAUACUUUCAUUUAUUCUUUCAGGUUUUUUAUUUUAAGAGUGUUGGCAGGCAUUCAAAUAUUUGAAUAUCAUGGUGGGCUUUAGGAACCAUACUGACUGAACUCUGAGGUCACAUCACCUUUUUUGCCUGAUGUUCACCAGAAGAAAUGAA